AGCUAAAAGAUACCUACUUUCAGAUAAUAUUGUGAAAUUAAAAGAAUUUCAGCAUAAGAAGGUGGCUGUUGCAUAUAAUCUUCCUGGCACCAAAGAAACUUAUUUUAGAAACUUGGAAGAAAAACUGACCCAUAAUAAACUCAUCUUGAAGGAGGAGUUGAGAACCUUACUUCAUUUGUGUGAAUUCCGGGAUGAUAUGGAGCUGGCUAAAAAUGUCAUUUACAGCAUCUGCGAGGUUUCUUCCCAGACUCUACAUCGUUCAAUAUUUUGAUGGAUAUGUUAUUUAUCAAAGGCAAAUAUAAAAGUGCUUUGGAAGUAUUGAUAGAGAUGAAAAACCAAGAUGUGAAGUUCACCAAAGAUACUUAUGUCCUUGCUUUUGCAAUUUGCUACAAACUGAAUAGCCCUGAAUCUUUCAAAAUCUGUACUACAUUGAGAGAAGAAGCCCUAAUAAAAGGAGAAGUUCUUUCCAGGAGAGCAUCCUGUUUUGCUGUGGCUUUAGCUCUGAAUCAGAACCAGGUGGCAAAAGCUAUGUCCAUUUUUUCCCAAAUCAUGAAUCCAGAAAGCAUAACCUGCAGUAAUCUAAAUAUUAUAAUCCAUAUUGAGUCAAAUAUGUUGGACACCCUAAUAGAGAUACUAAAGAAUGCUGCAGAAGGAAAUUUAUCAAGAUUUGUGAAAAGACAUGCAUUCUCAGAGGAAGUGCUGGCCAGAGUGAGGGAAAAAGUGAAGGAUGUGCCUGCCCUUGUGGCCGGAUUUGAUGAGAUCUAUGGGAAAUUGCACAUCAGUGGCCAGGUUACCACUUACACUUUGGAUGCUCUGCUCUGCCACACCCCCCGGGACAAGAAAUCCCACACGUUGUUGCUAAACAAGAGGACAGUCAGCCGCCGGACCUUCCAGCCACUCAGCCAGUCCCUCUUGGCUGAGUAACCCUCACUUGGAUCCACUGCAGAUCUGAGGGGCCUGCUUCCCGUGAGUCGUUGGCUUCCCUGAGGGCCAUACCUCAAACUUCAGUGGACACUGUGCUAACUCUUGGUCUCCUCCCCAAGUUCCUGUGCUCACUGGUGGUAUGCUGAUCUGAGUUCGUAAGUUGCACUGCUGUGAAGACCUAAACACAAGCACAGAAAGCUCGGCUCCCUCAGAGAGGAGGCUUCCCCUGUGCGCCGCUGAGAUCCCUGAGGGAACAUGGCUGCCAUCUCCAGUCCAGCUUCUGGUGCCACAGGAGAGCUCAGCAAGCUCCAUCAGAAAUGAAUGUCAUUGCAAGUGUGGUUGACUCUGACUGAUUUUCAAGGGAGUCAUUACUUGUCAUUUAUUCCCUUGCUGAAUUUAGGAGGCCUGAACCCCAAUUCUAUCAGGUUAGAACAUAGUCCAGGGUCUUCUCACUGAUGUCAUACAUUUCCAUAACUUGAAACAAGAUACUUGAACUCUUAUUUUUCCAUCAAAACAAUAGUUCCUAUGUGUAUUUGCAUGUAGAUUUGAAAUGAUUAUUUGAGACUCAGUAGGGUCACAUUUUCUCAAAAAAUAAGAGAAAUGAAAAGCUUCCUGAACAGACUUCUUGUGAUUGUGCUUGUUUUAUUUUCUCAGCGUGACAAACGAAACCAGAAUUUAGCUUUCAGAUAAGGAAAGCAAGUUUAAAUGAUUCCUGCUUUGGUCAUGGGUAAGCCAUGGGCUUUUCAAAAUAAGUGUCAGUGAAAACCACAUAGUACUUACUUUUCUAUGUGGAUCACAAAUAUUUGGUCCUAUAGUUUAUCUCAUUUGUUAAUGAUUUGCUCUUUUCCUCUCAGAUGCUUUUUCUCGCUUUUUUGUAAAAAUAAAUGUGUCAUAAGAGCAGGUUGACGCUUCUUCAUACUUAGGAUGGUUUGAAACACAGCAUCUGGUGAAUUUUGUCAUAUCCGGUCACCAGUGUGCAGAAGAUACACAGCGACCUUACCUCAGGUGUGCCUUUCGCAUCUGCAUGUCCAGAGGUGUGUUGAGGCCUCAGCAGCUGUCUGCCAAGACUGCUGCAGACUCCAGUGCUACUUCCAAAAUUAAGACUGUUCACUUUAUUGUUUUUCUAAGGCAGGGGUUAUUUGUAGAAUCAGAAAUUUGAGACUUGGAGGGGUCUCCUGAAUCUCCUAAUCAGCUCCCUCAUUUUUCAAGUUGAGAAAGUGACUUGUCCAGAUGGGCAUUCCUAGUUUGUGGUGAAGCUGAGACUAAAAACCCAGAUUCCUGGUGUAGUAUCCUGCCCUUUAUGCCUCAUUUUGUCUCUCCAGAGGGGAAAAAGGAGAACCUCUUAAGAGAAUGCGAAGGGCUCCUACGACUUACUGUGUGGCCAUGGGCGCAUCUAGUUUCCCAUCUGACAAAUGGGGAUAACAGUGCCAACCACAUAGGCUUGGUGUGAGGAUAAAAUGAGACACUGAACGAAAAGCGAGAGGCAGUGCCUGGCGUGUAGUAUGCGCUAUAUGUUUGCACCUACUCAAGGAGUUGUAUAAACAAGUAAGGUCUUGCUCCUGCUCAGAAAUACUGAAAGGGUUUCUUUUGCUUGUGCUCUGUGAGACAUUAGACAGCCUCAUUUAGAGAAGCAAAUUCUCUUCCUUGAUAGAAUCUUAAUUGCUUUUGUCUGUGUCUGGUGUUUUGUGCACACUCACAAAAGCAUUCGGGUUGCUUUACCUUCAGUCUUAGAGGAAAAUAGGGCAUGCUUCCUGUUCCUCGGCUUAUCUUUCAUCUUCUCCAGCUUUUACAAAGAGCAUUCAGAUGGCUGUGAUGCUCUUAGUGAACGUGACCCUGGUUGUUAGCCAACAGCCAUUCAUUAGCAACAUUUUUUUUAAAGACUGUGACCCGUAAAUGGCAGCUGCAACUUUCCCAAUUCAUUCUGCCCUGAGCAGACAGCCAGUGCUUGACUAACUGCAAAAACUGGAUCAUGUCACCUGUUCUGAAGCCUCAGUACAGAGGUAACUCAUGUGUGUAAUGUUUUCCUCAGAAUAAUAGAUAACUCCAACAUCUUUAAACAGAAAUAAAAAGUGUUCAAUAUGGCAGACA